AUGGCUGGAAACGAGAUGGACAUCGAGAGCGCUGAGCUGAGGCUCAAGACUAUGGAUCACUCUGAACAGCACUACUUCAACAGUUACAAUCACCAUGGAAUCCACGAGGAAAUGUUGAAAGACGAGGUUCGGACGAGGUCCUACAUGAAUGCCAUUCUCCAGAACAAGCACCUCUUCAAAGACAAGGUGGUUCUCGAUGUUGGCUGCGGAACCGCCAUUCUCUCCAUGUUCGCCGUCAAGGCAGGCGCAAAACAUGUUAUCGGUGUCGAUAUGUCUACCAUCAUCUUCAAGGCGCGUGAGAUCGUCGAGGUCAACGGCAUGUCCGACAAGAUUACCCUGAUCCAAGGAAAGAUGGAGGAGAUUGAAAUGCCGUUCCCGAAGGUCGACAUCAUCAUCUCUGAGUGGAUGGGUUACUUCCUCCUGUACGAGAGCAUGCUUGACACCGUGCUCUACGCAAGGGAUAAGUUCUUGGUCAAGGACGGCUUGAUCUUCCCUGACAAGGCAACCAUCUUCGUCGCUGGCAUCGAGGACGGGGAUUACAAGGAGGAAAAGAUCGGAUUCUGGGACAAUGUUUACGGGUUCAACUACUCCCCCUUGAAGGCGACGGCUCUUUCCGAGCCCCUUGUCGAUACCGUCGAAGUGAAGGCCGUCGUCACGGACCCCACAAGCGUCCUGACACUUGACCUGUACGAGUGCAAAACGUCGGAUCUGGCCUUCAGCUGCCCCUUCGACCUGACCUGCCGCCGCGAUGACUUCAUCCACGCCCUGGUCGCCUGGUUCGACAUCGAAUUUACGGCGUGCCACAAACCGAUCCGCUUCUCCACUGGUCCCCACACCAAAUACACCCACUGGAAGCAGACGGUGUUCUACCUGAAGGACGUCCUCACGGUCCAGCAGGGCGAGAAGGUCGAGUGCUCGCUCCACAACCGACCCAAUGAGAAGAACAAGCGUGAUCUCGACAUCAAGAUUGAGUAUAGGCUCGAGACUCAGGACCCCACGCGCUUCGCGGAGGGGCACAGUCUCUACAAGAUGUGCUAG